GAAAUACUUUGAAGCAAAAUUGCGAUUGAAGUCUAAAAUCUGAAAUUCUCCUUCGAUCUCCGUCUGUCUGCGAUUAAAGAAGCCGACGAAGCAGCCUCGCCCACACCCGAACUAAAUCAUCGAAGCCAUGGCUGAAGAAGCGGGGAUGUUUACAGUUCCUCAAACCAUCGGUACUGUUUUGUGUUGCAAAUGUGGUAUCCCAAUGGCGCCAAAUGCUGCCAAUAUGUGCGUGAAAUGUUUACAAUCGGAAGUUGAUAUCACAGAAGGUUUACAGAAGCAUGUGAUUAUUCUGCAUUGCCCCGAGUGUGAUAAAUACCUGCAGCCGCCGAGAACUUGGAUUAAAGCGCAGUUAGAGUCAAAGGAGCUGUUGACCUUUUGUGUUAAGAGGGUGAAAAAUUUGAACAAGGUCAAGUUAGUGCAUGCAGAGUUUGUUUGGACUGAACCCCACUCUAAGAGGAUCAAGGUUAGGCUGAGAGUUCAGAAAGAGGUUCUGAAUGGUGCAAUACUUGACCAAACAUGCAUUGUUGAGUAUGUCCAGCAGGAGCACAUGUGUGAAUCUUGCACAAGGGUUCAGGCCAAUCCUGAUCAGUGGGUUGCUUCUGUGCAACUCCGUCAACAUGUGUCUCACAGAAGAACCUUUUAUUAUCUGGAGCAGCUGAUUCUGAAGCAUGAUGCUGCUGUUCGUGCCAUUAAAAUCAAGCUGAUGGAUCAAGGUAUUGAUUUUUUCUUCGGUAAUCGCAAUCAUGCUGUGAAAUUUGUGGAAUUUUUGGGUAAGGUUGCCCCCAUUCGGAGUCGCCAUGACAAACAGCUUGUCUCACAUGAUUCUAAGAGCAAUAACUAUAAUUACAAGUACACUUUCUCUGUUGAAAUAUCACCAAUCUGCCGUGAGGAUUUGAUCUGUCUUCCACCAAAGCUUGCUGGUAGUAUUGGAAAUAUUGGUCCUCUUGUGAUCUGCACAAAAGUGACACACAGCAUUGCUUUGCUAGAUCCAUUCACUCUAAGACAUUGUUUCUUGGAUGCGGAAAAAUAUUGGAGGGUAUCUUUUAAGUCCCUAUUCACUAGCAGACAGCUUGUGGAAUACAUUAUAUUGGACUUGGAGCCUAUUUCUUCUGAAGUUAAUGUUGGUGAAUCAAAGUAUGUUCUAGCUGAAUGCCAAGUGGCUCGUGUGUCGGAUUUUGGGAAGAAUGAUACAAUUUUCAAUAUAAGAACACACCUAGGUCAUCUAUUGAAACCUGGGGAUUACGCUCUUGGUUAUGACUUAUAUAAUGCUAAUAGUAAUGAUAUUGACUUCGACAAGCACAAGCGUCUCAACCUUCCGGAAGCAAUUUUGAUGAAGAAGAGCUAUGAAGAGAAGCGCCAGGAGAAACAUGGGAAGGCACGUCCAUAUAAACUGAGGUCUAUUAACAUGGAUGUUGAUGAAUCCCAGAGUAGAGCUGAGCAAGAAAAAAUGAGCUCUGAGUAUGAACAAUUCUUGAGAGAUUUGGAGGAGAAUCCUGAGAUGAGGUUCAAUAUAUCGUUGUACCGUAACAAAGAAUACCAGCCUUCGGAGAUUGCAUCCAUGACUGAUGGAGAAGAUCUACCUUCUGUCCCUCUUGAAGAGUUGAUGGCUGAUCUUGAUAUAAGUGAUGAGGAAGAUGUGGACGAGAGCAUGAGAGAGUGACAAGAAUUUUGGUCUGCUUAACAGUUUUGGUUUGUGAGUAGGAGUGUCUUUAUAUCAUUAGUUACUUUGUACUCUUAAAUAUUUGUAUGAUUUUGGCUUUCGUUAUUCGAAAAAGCAAUAUGUUUCCAUAUGACCAUCUGGAUUGGUACUUGUUCAUGCAUAAUUUCUUGAUUUGUAUCCCCAUCAAUAAGCAGGUUUGAGUAUGGUGAUA